AUGGAGGAUUGUGAAAAAAUUAAAAAUGUCAAAGAAAAUACCGAAGAAAUGAACACAAAUGUCGAGGUGAGUGAAAAAUCUAAAGAAAUUCAAGUAGUUGUAGAAGAAAAGGUUGAAACGACCGAAACAGAAGCAAAAUCUGUUCCUCCAGAUUCUGUAGCAAAAACUGAAUCUGAAACUAGCCCGGAAGUAAUUCCAAAUCCACCAAAAACACCAACAAAAGAAACACAAUCUGAAGAGCUUGUAGCUCCUCAAGAAGUUGUUGUUGAGAUCAAAGUUGAAGAAGAAACAAAGAAGGAAACUCUUAAAGAGCCUCCAAUAGCGAUUGAGGAAUGUGACACUGGUGGCGAUGAGGUUCCAGAUGUUGUUCCUCAAAUCGUCCAUGAGUCGAUUGUAGUAGAAUCAGAAUCAGUUCCUUUGCCAGAAUCUGACAAAUCUGCGGAAGAGCCUGUUCUUCUUCUGGCGGAACUGACAACUGUCGUUCCAGUUCCAGAACAACAUCAGGAAGUUGUUAGUAGUGUUGUCAAUAAGCCAGAGUCUGUUGUUGUGGCUCUGGACGAUGACGAUGAUGAUGAUGAAGAAGAUUCCUAUCCAAUCGAUGACGUUGUUGAUGAUUCUGACGACGACGAAGACGAUGAAGAUGUCGAAGGAGUUAGUAAUGAAGCUCUUAAUGACGAUGACGAAGAGGAGGAAGAUGAUGAUGAUUAUUUGUAUGGUGGCAAUGAGCAAGACACUGAAAAGAUAGAACAAAAAUCCGAUUCCGUUGUCGUUGAUCCAUCAGAAGAUAUUGAUGAUGAUUAUGAUGAAGACGAUGAUGAUGAUGAAGCUGAUGAUGAAAUGAUGGAUAUAAAAGAUGAUAGUUUGGGAGCAGUUGUUAUUGGAUCAUCCGACGAAGAUGAACCACCAGUUCCUAAAACCACCACAAAUUCCAAAGAGACAACACUAAAGCCAACCACACAACAAAUACCAAUUAAACAGAUGUUAGGUACUUCACAAUCAGUUGAAGUUGAUGAAUAUGAUGAUGAUGAUUUAAUGAAUGCUGUUGUAACAUCAGCAUCAAAGAAUCUUUCGUCGCCAGCUAAAAAACGACCACGUUCGACAUCAUCACCAAUUGUUGAAGCUAGACAGAGGGAAGUAAAUCAGAUAAGUGUGUUGACAAGGAGGAUUAACUAUGGAAGGAUUGCUAAAAAGAAGUCAUUAAAUUGGUAA